CCUUCCCUUCUUCCUCCAACUUGCCAGCCUGCCCCCAGCAUCUCUCUUCUUCCCUUCUGUUUUUUUCUUUACUUUUCCAAUUUAUUGAGUUAAGAUAUCCAUUAAAAGAGGAAGAAAAUCAAUGGACUAAUUGUCCCCACAAAUUCCAUUCAAAAGUUCUCUGCUUUUUUAUUUGUGGGUUCUUUUUAUUUUUAUUUUUUACGGAAGCACAAAAGUUCGUUGAGGGGGGGGAAGGGAAAAAAAAUGGGUUCAGGAGAGAGGAAAAGGGGUGCUGGGUUGUUGGGAGUUUUGGUGUUGUCAGUCUUUGCUGUGGCGGUGGCGGCGGCAGCGGCGGCGGAGGCGACGGCGGAUCGUGGAGUGAAGGGACUGCAGACGCCGCGGCGCAGAAACGCGUAUGCUUCGAUGAUGUACAUGGGGACGCCAAGAGACUACGAAUUUUAUGUAGCGACACGUGUGUUGAUCAGAUCGCUGAGCCGUCUCGGCGUGGACGCUGAUCUCGUCGUCAUUGCCUCCUUUGACGUCCCUCGCCAUUGGGUUCGUGCCCUGGAACAGGAAGAUGGAGCGAGGGUGGUAAGAGUGGAGAAUUUGAACAAUCCAUACAAGGACCAAGCCAAUUUCAACCGGAGAUUCAAGUUGACACUGAACAAACUCUACGCGUGGAAUCUUGUGGAUUAUGACCGAGUUGUCAUGCUUGACUCUGACAAUCUGUUUCUCCAAAAAACCGAUGAGUUGUUCCAAUGUGGCCAGUUCUGUGCUGUAUUUAUCAACCCCUGCAUCUUUCACACUGGCCUAUUUGUAUUGCAGCCAUCGAAAAAGGUGUUCGAUGACAUGAUUCAUGAAUUGACAAUUGGGAGAGAAAACAAGGACGGUGCUGAUCAGGGUUUCAUCGGUAGCUACUUCCCUGACUUGCUUGACAGUCCAAUGUUCCACCCUCCCAUUAAUGGCACAAAGCUUGAUGGACAAUAUAGACUUCCUCUGGGCUACCAAAUGGAUGCCUCUUACUAUUAUCUCAGACUUCGCUGGAGUGUGCCAUGUGGACCCAACAGCGUCAUUACUUUCCCUGGUGCUCCAUGGCUCAAGCCAUGGUACUGGUGGUCUUGGCCUGUUCUGCCAUUGGGCAUCCAAUGGCAUGAGCAACGCCGUCAAACUCUUGGAUAUGGUGCUGAGGUACCAAUGGUACUAAUCCAAUCUGUGAUUUAUCUGGGGAUAAUAUUAGUUACGCGCCUGGCACGUCCAAACAUCUCAAAGCUAUGCUACAGGCGGUCAGACAAGAGCACAUCCUUGAUACAAUUUGGCCUGAAGGUCGUUGCAAUUUGGUCCAUUCUUGCAGCCUACACGGUUCCCUUCUUCCUCAUUCCUCGCACAGUCCAUCCACUGCUGGGAUGGGCAUUGUAUUUCCUAGGCACCUUUGCAAUUUGCUCUACAGCAGUAAACACGUUUCUGCUGCCACUGGUUCCGGUUUUAGUCCCAGGGAUCGGGAUAUUUGGGUCACUCCUUGUCAUGGCAUUUCCUUGGUACCAAGACGGAGUCAUGAGGGCUUUAGCUGUUUUUGCCUAUGCAUUUUGCUGUGCACCUAUUGCUUGGACAUCACUUACCAAGGUCAUGGCGUGUCUUCAGGUCUCCCUGGAAAGGGAGCAAUUUUUGCCGAAGUUGGGUGAUUCCCCACCUCCUUCAGGGUUUAACAAGUUGUAUUAAGGUACAUACAGGAAUUAGCAUGACAUAUGUUGUAAUAGAAUGGAGACAAGGAUGAACAUGAUUCUUUUUUCUUGGGAAAGAAAGAAGACAAUAGUUAACGACAAUUUGACAGAGAGAAUGUGAGUGGGAUGUAGGAAUCUGUCCAUUGCUGUGAUGAAAUUUGCAAUUUACACUCACCCAGGAAAAGCUGUCACGUCAUUUGUAACAAAGAUUUAUCCAAAUUUUGUGCUCAAUAGAAUUUUGGCCAUUGAAUUCUUAC